AUUUUGUUGCACAUCGCAAGAGGAGUUCUGAUCAAGACUUCUAGAAAUUCAGAGCCUCAUAACCAUUUCUAGUAUAUACACUUCCCUCUCAUUUUCGGCCUACAACCAUCACAACACCUCCCUAAUCCCAGAUCCAAAAAUGGCCAAUCCCCGUCCCAGCCUCACACUUCGCUCCGCAAUGCCUCACGACGUACCCGUCAUAACAGCCAUCUGCCUCACCACUAUGCCAACCACAGAUCUCUGGUCCUAUCGCUACAACCUCGCCUCCCAAUAUCCGCAUGAUUACCAUUUCUUUACGUCCAAACGCUUUGCACUUCGAACAGAUCCCGCAACCCGAGAGGGUUUCUUAGUUCUUGUCAUCGAGACGCUGGAAGAUGAUGUGCCAGUUGUGAUUGGAUAUGUAGUUUGGCAGGGCCCGGAUGAGAACUGGGCUAAAGACUUGCCAGGGUUGGGGCAAAGAUCAGAUUAUCCUCCAGCUUCCCUGAUACAAGACGGGCUUCAAGAACGUUAUGGGUUGAAAUUGCAAAGCUCCAGUCUCAAUGAUACAACGCGAAGAGAUGCUGAUCCAGCCCGACUACAAUUGUGGCGCGAGGCAACCGCUCGCGUCAAGAAAGAGAUCUUUGACACUGAAUAUGGUGUACGCCAGUUGGACUUGAUCCAACGAGCUGUCUUGCCCAAAUAUCAAAAGCAAGGUGUCGGUACAUUCAUGCUAUAUUGGGGCAUGCGUAUAGCGACUGAGCACUCUUGGGCUCUGACAUCGAUUGUACCUCCAAAAGCAUGUAAAUGGUACGAGGCGCGAGGUUUCAAGCUGUUAGCCACAGAGCGGCUUCAAGUCGAGGGACAAGAGCAGUCGGUGGAGUUUCUCGUAAUGGGCGCGAAGCCAGUUUAGGAUUUAUAUCAAGCAUUGAGUAUAAUAACUUGUUCUUGGCA